AUGGAUUCCGAUUCGUGGACUGAUCGUCUCGCAUCGGCUUCAAGGAGAUACCAGCUCGAUUUCUUGUCCCGAUCUGAUAAUUUCUUGGGGUUUGAGGAGGUAGAGGGAGAAGAUGAUUUCAGGGAGGAGUAUGCUUGCCCCUUCUGCUCUGACUACUUUGAUAUCGUGUCUCUCUGCUGCCACAUAGACGAGGAUCAUCCUAUGAACACAAUCAAUGGGGUAUGCCCUGUCUGUGCGGUGAAAGUGAGCUCUGAUAUGGUUGCUCAUAUAACCCUUCAACAUGCGAAUAUGUUCAAGAUAUCCUUUUUGUUUCUUUCCCCUUAA